GAGUCUGACGUAAGUAUUAUUGGUUGGCCGCGGCAGAGAAUCGCCCCGACACGCCAGUGAGUCAUACUCAGAACAUUGCAUAUCGGUUUCAGACCCAAACUAACGGCAUUCAUUUAAACUUAUUGCUGAACCGUUAGUUAUUUUCGCUUUUGUAAUAGUUUGGGUAAUAAAUCGAAAAAUACGACAAUCUGUCAACGAUACGAGUCCCUCCGCGACUCGGGCACUAAGCGACGUCAACAAUGCGGCUCCGGGGACUUCCUCUGCACGUGUUGCCUCGGCUACCGCGGCUUUCCCUGUACCUGUUCCCUCGCCUGCCUCACCUUCGCCUAUAUUCCCCCGAGCUGCGGCGGCUGUACGACAUGGAGGACAGGAGGGUGGUGGUGACGCACGACGAAGAGGCCGGCUCGGUGGGGCUCUCCUUCAGGGUCCGGCACUCAAAUAUUGACAGGACGUUCAACCUGAAGCGCUCCACGGAGGAAGACCUGAGCAGCGUGUUGACGCGCAUCAGCAGCAACAUCCAGAAGGUCCUGAAUAAGAAGAAAAAGAAGAAUGAGGAACCUGCCUCCGUAGUGCCCAUAGAUAUAAAGACUCAUGAAGGGGGCGUCAGCGUGAGCAAGGACAUGAGCUGCUUUGAGUGUUUCGUGGCCCAGGCAAGCCAGCAUUACCUUGACAUAGGGGAGCAGGCGUACAUCCUAGAUGUGAACCCUCCAAUAGUUCAGACGUUAGAGCUGCCUAAGAACGUCAUGGCAGGGUUCCCCGUCUACCCAAACAAGAUUGAGGUGGCUAAUGGCAAAGCGGAGGACAGUUUGUUCACUUGGUACAAGAGUGACAUAAAGUUUAGUAGUGACGAGGAGGCCAGAGCACAGAUGGGGAAGAUCAAGUGGUUGGAGAUGGGGACGGGAUACACGUGUUUCACCGGCAAUGAUGACGUGGGAAGGUUGUUAAAGGUGUUAGUGAAGCCUCGGCGGGGGGAGCGGGUAGGGGAGGACACUGAGAUGACGUCUGCUGUGCUAGUGUCAGCCGGCCCUGGAGAGUGUCCUUUUCAGAGGCGUCACGCAGUCACCAAGAACCUGGCUGGACCAAACUGUCUGCGGGUGAUCUCUUACAACAUCUUGGCUGACCAGUACGCUGACGGUGAGUUUGCCCGAAGCAAUCUCUUCCCCACCUGCCCCUCCUACGCCCUUGACAUGGAUUAUCGAAAGCAACUCCUCCUCAAAGAAAUCUCAGGUUAUAAUGGGGAUGUUGUCUGCCUACAAGAGGUGGAUGAAAAGGUAUUUAUGCGUGACCUCCAGCCUGCACUCAGAGGUGAGGGCCUGGAGGGCAUCUACACAGGCAAGGGUGGAUCAGUCACUGAAGGAGUGGCACUCUUCUACAGGCAGAGCAAACUGAGACUCCUUGAAAACCAGCGCUUCAUCCUGAGUGAGGAACUGCAGACUAAUGUCAUGUUUUCUGAAAUAUGGGAAAAGGUACAGGCCUCUGAGGUCCUCAAGGAAAAGAUCGUCAACCGUUUCACUGUCCUGCAGGUGAGCGUGCUGGAGAGUGUGGAGGACCCCCACCAGCUGGUGGUGGUGGGCGGCACUCACCUCUAUUUCAGGCCUGAGGCAGACCACAUUCGCCUCCUACAGGCCGGCCUAGGCCUCCAGAUCCUGCGGCAGGUGAUGGGUCUCUACCAGAUCAAGUACCCCAGCAAGCAGGUGUCGUUGAUCUUCACGGGGGACUUCAACAGCACGCCAGAGUUUGAGGUGUACCGUCUCAUGACCUCCCAGAUGGCCGGCUUUGAUGACAUAGACUGGGCAGAGAAGGAAGAUGAGUGUGUAUCUGACGUCAACUUCAGCCACGACCUUGAGCUGGCCAGUGCGUGUGGCUGUCCGCCCUACACCAACUUCACCAAGGGCUUCUAUGGCUGCCUGGACUACAUCUUCUACCAGACUGACCACUUCUCAGUCAAGCAGGUGGUGGAGCUGCCCAGCCACGAGGAGGUGACCCAGCACGAGUUCCUGCCCAGCAUCACCAUUCCUUCAGACCACCUUGCCCUUAUAGCAGACCUGGAGUUUAAGAGGAAGUGAUAGUAUAAGUAAGAAGAAGGGAAGCUAAAAAAAUGAAAACUGUCUCAUAAGCAAUGCUUCCAGAUUUGAUUCUUGUGACAUGUUCCAUUCCAAUUUCAUUUCCCCAACUGUAUUAGAAAAUAUAUUCCAUUAAUAUAUCAUCAGUUCUCUUGCUGAAUACUGAUUGUGUCUCAGGAGUGAGAGUUACUGAAGGAAUAUCCAAAGAUUUGGAAUUGGUGUUGAAGUGCAUCAGGGGUCUGCUCUAAGUCCCUUGUGGGUCAUUGUGGUGAUGGAGGAGGCCACAAAGGAGUGCAGGAGAAGAGACCUGUGGGAACUGUUGUGUGCAGAUCUGAUGUUCCAUUUACAUCUGAGGCAAAGGAAGAGUUGCAAUUAAUGUUUGGAAACUGGAAACCAGCAAUGAAGAAGAGAGACUUGAAGAUGAACAAGAUUAAGCCAAGAUGAUAGUGAUGGGCACAAAGAUGGAAGAAAGUGCAUGUGGGAAAUUACCCUUAAGGGGUAUGUUACAGGCAAAUGUGGGUCAACUCUGUCCUGUGACAGAUGGUGCCUCAAGCAGUGAUAUGCUUUGCAUAAACAGGCAGGAAUGUGAUAAUGGGAUGCAGAGGUCAUGUAGCAAGCAAAUUGAGGAAGGUGUGCUGAGAUGGUGCGGCCACUUGAAAGAAAAGAGAAUAAAAAUGAUGGUAAGAAUCCCUGCCAUCAAUAUUCGGGAGACCUGAAAGAUGACAUAACUCACAUAAGAGUAGUGAGAGUACUUCUCACAGCGAAAUGGAAGACAGAUUGCUUUACAAAAAUAUAAAAGAGGAGGAUACUGACCUCAGAUCCACAGUGAGGUGUGGCACAGCAGGUAUUAAGGGAUGGUGUGGGCACAGAAUUUGUCUAGGUCUGGAAGACAGUAUUUGAAUGUUAUGUUUAAAGCAGUGUGGCUCAUUUAGUUGGCAGAUGUGUUUCUCAAGAUUCAACCCUACAGUGCCUAUGGGAGAAAAAGUAUAUAUAUAUAUAUAUAUAUAUAUAUAUAUAUAUAUAUAUAUAUAUAUAUAUAUAUAUAUAUAUAUAUAUAUAUAUAUAUAUAUAUAUAUAUAUAUAUAUAUAUAUAUACACAUACAUAUAGUAUCUGCCCAUCUAUCCAUCUAUCUAUAAUUUUUUCACUUUUUUAUAUUGUUAAAUUGGCAGGGUUUUUAACCUCACAUCUUCACUUUGGCACAAGCAUAGUAUUUGCACAGUUUGUGUAGAAUUCUGUUAUGGCUUGAGUAAGUAUUUAUGUUUAUUCAUAUGGUCAUAUAUUGUUAUUGUAUAUAAUAUCUAUUUAUUGGUAUGAUGUGGAUGACCUUAGACAGACUGGUGGUGAAGUAAACAUUUUCCUCUCAACUGGUGUGUCUUGCCGUCCCCCUCAAGCAUUUAGAGGGAUGCUGAUUUACUAUGUUUUACAAUGUUUGGUAAAUAUUAUGCAGUCAGUCAGUCAGUGAAUUACAUGACUGAAAAAAUACAGAGAAAUGGCUAUUAAUACCUAGUUGUGCUAAGGAGAGGAUCAUCUGAUUAAGUAAUUCAGUUCACCUUUUUACCAUUUUACUGGGUGCUAAAAUAAUGGCCUCAGGUUCCAGGAGAAAAAAAAGAAUUUACUGUUAAUGCUGCAUAACUUUCAUACAAUAAGUAUGGAGUGAAAUAUUACAUCACCCAACCUCUUGA